CUCUCACUCGACUGUGGGCUUUUACAGCAGCGGAGACCUGUCGUCCUCUCUCCCCCUUUUACAGCUCCGUCUAUUUGUCAAAUCUUACCCCUCUCUUUCUUUUCAAUGGCCGCGCGUGGCGUGAUUUGCAUUCAGCAGCGCAAUAGUUAAUGAGUGCCGGAUGCGCCCUCACUCCAGCAGACCGCUACAGUACGAAGAUGGCGUCGGAGGGAGCCAGCGGGGAGCAGCCUCCUCCGGUACAAACACUGGCAACCGCCGUGCUGGGGAGUGUCGACACGAAAUGUGAGUUCAACAUGGAUAACCUGAGCAAGCCGGAGCUGCUCACCCUGCUGAGCAUCAUGGAGGGGGAGCUGGAGGCCCGCGACCUGGUCAUAGAGGCCCUCAGGGCUCAGAGGAAAGAGGUGUUCCUCCAGGAGCGAUACGGUCACUACAGUCUGACAGACCCCUUCCUCGCUCUUCAGAGGGACUUUGAAUGCGGGGUCCCUGGAGGAGACAAGGAGCGGCGGCCCCUGGGCUCCAGCCCCAUCUCAGUCCUGGAGGCCGUCAUGGCCCACUGCAGGAAGAUGCAGGAACGCAUGUCAGCCCAGCUGGCAGCCGCAGAGAGCCGUCAGAAGAGGCUUGAGAUGGAGAAGCUGCAGCUCCAGAGUCUAGAGCAGGAGCAUCGCAAGCUGACGGCGCAGCUGAAGGACGAGCGUGAGAAGAACAAGCACAUUGUCAUGAUGCUGGUGCGUGAGUGUAAGCAGCUCGCCACACGGGUAGUAGAGGAAUCGCAGCGCUUCGACGAGCUCCAGGCCCGUCUGGACGAGGAGAGUCGCACCUCUGGCCGGCUGCAGGAGGAGCUGAGCUCUGAACGGCAGCGGAGCCAACAGAUGGAGGCAAAGAUGGAGAAGCAGCUGUCAGAGUUCGACACAGAGCGGGAGCAGCUGCGGGCCAGGCUGGGCCGCGAGGAGACCGAGAGCCACAGUUUGCGGCAGCAGGUGGAGCGGCUCAGGACUGAACAGGGUGAUGGGAAGGAUGGAGCCUCUGCUGCUGGUGCAGAACCUCCUGCUGUCACCAGCCCACCACUCAAACCUAAAGCUCUGACCUCUGUUUCUGUAGGGACUGAGCCCAUCAGCUCUCGAACAGCGGCCUGCCAAACAGACCUUCCCCCCACUGAGGUGGAGGGUCCCAAGAAGACCCCCCUCACCAUACCCGUCAAACCAACCCCUGCCAACUAUGUGGGCCUAAGUCUGCCAAAGACCGCUGGUCGGGGGAUCGUCCACAGCAGCUCAGGAGGACUGGCACAGACAGAGAAUGGCUCAGAGGGACAAGCCCCUCAUGGCUUACCCAGCGGAGUCAGCCCCCGCGUUCAGGCGGCCCGCUAUAAGUUCCAGGAACAGGACCAAAAUGGCACAGCAUCCCAGAGUCCUCCGGCCCGUGACCUCUCCCCCACCAACCGUGAUAACUUUGCCGCCAAGCAGCAAGCACGCCACACCGUCACACAGGUCCUCUCACGCUUCACCAGCCCUCCUGCAGGAGGAGCUGGACCCCUGCGUCCAGGCCUGCCUCACUCUGCCUCAGAGGGGGGCCCUUUUCCCGGCCGCCUGAGCCAUCCCAUUGGCCUGAAGUCGCCCACGGUGGCCAGGAUCGACCGGGGAAACCCUCCCCCUAUCCCUCCCAAAAAGCCAGGGCUUUCCCAGACCCCCUCUCCUCCUCACCCACCUAUCAAGGUGGUGGGGGACAGCAGCCGCUCCCCUGGGGCAGGGCUGAAACCGGCCACGCCCCAGCUGCCGCCCAAACCCGCCCUGGACCUGGUCCCAGCCCUGACGGCCUCUCAGGUGGGUGCCUGCCCCCCGUCUCGCUCCCAGGGGCCUGGCCGGGGCCCUCAGCGGCAGCCGGCUGCAGCAUGUGCAGAGUGUCCCCCAGUCAUCAGCCCUGCCAUCACUGUCAGUAGCCCCUCCUCCAUAAACCCCCCCUCCACCUCCUCCUCCAUUAGUGCUCCAUCCUCCUGUAGCCCCCGUGCCUCAGCAGGCAGCCCCCUGGCAACAGCAUCAGGCUGGUGUCCCUCCGUAGUCUCCUCUCUAAGUGGCGGUGGGCCUGCUGCCCUGGACGGCGGGCGCCCCCUGCUACCCCAAGCUGCUUCCCAGGGAAAUGUCACUUUAUUGUCAAUGCUGCUUAACCAACCAGACCUGACCACCAACACCAUCACCACCACUACUACAACCACCUCCACGUCCACCAACUCUACCACCAACUCAACGGACAACAAGCCCAAUCUACUUGACCAAGACCACCACCUCUACCACAACCUCAACCAAACCUCUGCCUUGUUUGCUGCUGCUCAGAAUGGACACACAGAGUGUGUGAAGAUGCUGCUGUCUUCAGGAGCGCCUGCUGAUGUAUCUGAUGAAAAUGGAUUUAUGCCUUUACAUUUUGCUGCUGCCCACGGCCACAGCAGCUGUGUGGAGUUGCUGCUGGCUGCAGGAGCUGCUGUGGAUUCGGUGGCAGCAGGGGGACAAACUCCCCUCUUUCUGGCCUGUGAGGCAGGAAGGCUGGACUGUGUUCGGGUCCUGCUGAGUGCUGGAGCAGAUCGCUCAUGCACCACAAUGGACGGCUGCACGGCUCUCCAUGCCGCUGUGCGUUCAGGACAUGUGGACACGCUGCGUCUCCUCCUCUGCCACUCGAGUCAGGGCAAUCCCACUGUGCGCUCUGACCCCCCUGCCACCCUGACACUGCCUGCCGCCCUGCUGAACCAGGCCAACAAUGAUGGCUGGACGGCUGCACACAUGGCUGCUGCCUUGGGCCUCAAGGAGUGUCUGGAGGUGCUGUGCAGCCACACUGAACAGGACAUCGAGAGGAGAGAUAAGUGUAAUCGCACGAUUCAUGAUGUAGCCACUGAUGACUGCAAAGAUCUACUUGAAAACCUCCACUCCUAUCGGGUCCUGGUUUGCCUCCAGUCUUCGUGCGGAGCACUGUCGGGCUCCAUGUGUUCUGUGGAGGCCCUGGAGGAGGAGAAAACGGGCGUCACCAGCAGUCCCGUGGUGCUGGGGAGAGUGUCAGUGGACCGGUCGAUGAGUUGGUCUCAGCUGCGCUCCACCCUCAGCCACACCUUCACCUCGUACCUCCAGAUCCUCUGUGGAGAACCUCAGACCGCUCAGGAGGUGGCCCAAAGGCCACCACUAGGACUUGGUCCUGCCAGUAUCACCUCCAUCCUUAUAGGAGACACUGAGUGGUUGCCAGGUCAGGAGCUGCCCUUCUCACCCUGGGAUCUGGUCAGAAAGCCUCUGAGCCAGUGCAUCACCGUCCGCCUCAAAGGUCUGUCUGAGUCGUGUCUCGAUGAGUUGGCUCUGGAAUACCUCUUCCCCCUGCCGCUGCUGCACAACUACGUCCGCCUGGUGGAACAGUAUGGAAACCUCAUCUUUCAGGGGCUUGAGGGCAGCUGUCAGGAGUACAUUGCUAGCAUGGUUGCUCGCUGCAUCAAGUCGAAGCAGGAGGCUGCAGGGCUCGGCUGUGACGUGGUGCGGGUGGAGGUGGAGGAGAGCCUGACCAAAGGGCAGCUGCUGGACACUUUCAUCACAUGUGGUUUCCUGGUGCCAGCGUUGGGCUCAGUUGUUGGGGUACCAGGUGGUCACUGUGUGGUUGUUCUGCUGGAGGGAUUGGAGAAAGCUUCGUCUCUGACAGGCCUGCUGGGAGAUCUCUGUAACAGUCUGGACAGUAGGAGCCCUGCUUCACCGCUGCUUCUUAACACAGGUCCCCAUCAUUUCCGUGUUGGCAGCUUCCUGAUUGGCACUCUUUCAAAGCCCCGCCUGCAGGGAUCAGAGCUCCGCCUCCAGCAGCAUUUCCGCUGGGUUACGCUGCGCUGGGACCAGGAGCCGCUGCACGGCAUGCUGGGAAGGCACCUCCGCAGGAAGCUGCUUCACAAGAUGGGGACAGGAGUUUGGUCACCUGAGGGCGUCAUGGAGCGGUCGGUGUUGUGGGUCAGCCAGGUUUGGCAGCAGCUCAAUGCCUGUUUGUCCCGUCUCGGCACCCAUGAGGCUCUGCUGGGCCCGCAGCACUUUCUGUCCUGUCCUGUAGUCCCAAACAACACACAGGCAGUCGUCAGAUGGCUGUCUCGGCUCUGGAACGCCGUGGUCGUCCCCCGUGUGGAAGAAGCCAUCAUCUCCCGGGUAACGGCCAAGCGUUCCUCCUCCUCCUCCUCUUCCUCUCCCUCCUCUCCAUCAUUGCAGAGACUGUCUCCCAGCAACUGUGGGCUGAGCGCCGGGCAGCAGGCUGUAGUGAAGGCCGCCCUCAGCAUCCUGGUCAACAAGGCCGUUCUCCCAGGCUGUCCUCUGCCUCGACACGAGAUGGACAGAUACCUGCUGGAGUUUAGAGGCGGGGCCUUCCCUCUGUCAGCCAUCGGUUCCUACAGUGGAAGUGGAGGACGUGGAGGGAGGAAAGGACGGGACGCUGGCAAACUGAGACGAUCCAACACCAGCCCUCGGAAGAAAGGAGGCCCCGCCUUAAACUGGAGCUCUGGCGGCUCUUUUAGAGAGGGUUCUCUGUCUAGCACUGAUGUCAGCUUCAUCUCUAAUGGCAAAGUCCAGAGGGAGCCUAUGGGUCUGUCUGUGUUCUCUGAUGAUGAGACUGAUUUAAUCAGAGAGCUGCAGACGAUGUGCUCCAGCAAGUCUGAGCCAGACAUCAGCAAGAUUUCUCGCACCAAAGAUGACCUGAUCCUGUUCUCCAGCCCUCCUAGUGAAGCCACGCCCCCCUGCAAGGCUGAGCAGGGAACCACCGUCCAGCAGCGACCUCAGACGACGGUCACUCAUCAGUCCGUCCGCAGCUCCAGCCAGGCAGCCGUCCAGAGCAGCGACCGACGCUCGGGCUCUCGUGCCAAAUCGCAGCUCCCUGUCCCAAGCAGCAGGGGACAGCAGACGCGAGCCUCUCCUGCUGCCACCAGCAGCAACAAUAACAGCAGCAGCAGUAGCUCCUGCAGAACCCAGACGCCCCCAAGCCGCGGCAGAACCCCCACCAACAGCAGCAGCAGACUGAAACAGGCUGCUCCAUCAGGCAGCAGCAACAACAACUACUACCGCAACAACAUUGACAACAACCAAUCGCACGAGGACAUCUGGAUCCUCCACCGAGACCUGCAUGAAAACAACAACAACAAAUAGACAUCUAAAACAUCUCCCCCCUCGUCCCUUCCCAUGAUUCCGCUGUGAACGCCCCCCUCUCCAUGAUGUAAAGACUAGGUACCUGACUACCUUUGACUCUUAGUAUUUGUACUUGUUAUCUGUACUUGUUACACUGUACUGCAGUUGUGUACUUGGGGACCAUAGUUUUAUUCUAUUACAGUAUUUGAAGUAUUUGAUUGUUUGGUUUUGGUAGGAUUUAAUGUGGGGAAAAAAAACAACAGAAGGUAAUGCAGCAGGUUACUUUGCUGUUGCCUUAUUCCAGUGCAUUAACGACGGGACAAUAAACAGUGUAAGAAUGAUUAAAAAACAGUGUUUGAGUGGUGGAAACUGCCUCAGAAGCAGCACUGGCACAGUGUUUUAAUGUACUUAAAGUGAAUACUGUACUCCUCUUACUGGUAUAAGGCCAUUGAAGAGUAACUGAAGGUACUUACAGGUGUUACCUUUUAGUUAAAAGUGUUUUUGGAUCAAAGAAAGAGACGAGCAGGUUUUAUUUUCUUUAUGUUGUUUUUGCUAUUAAGUAUUUUGAGAUAUUCAAGUGUUUAAUCUUUAAAUAGUUGCAAGGUUGGUUUAAAUACUGUUGAAAUUAAUCAGGGUUUUACCAAAUAUAUUUGUAAAUAAGAAUUAGUAAGUUUAAAUGCUCUAUAGAUUGGUGUACGUGGUUAUGACGCUUGUACAGUGAUGAAACCUUAAAGCGAAACUGCUGACGUUAAAAAAAGAAAACUUGUACAUAGUGUUUGUAAGACUAGUUUGGUUCUGAACCCAUCACUUGUUUCAAAGUGAAGGCGCUGUGGCAAUAAGUACUAGAACUGUAUAAACACAGGAUGUCCUCAAUCAACUGUAAGCCAUAAUAAAUAUUUUAGAAAGCAUCUUUAACCCACCGGAGUCACGUUCUGUUCAACCCCAGCUGAGCCCUGACGCUGUAACUCAUCCUCCUUCUUUUUGCUUUCCAUUAUCACUGUGUUUCUCAAAGUGUUUUUACUUUUAAAGGACAAGUGUUGUUACAAGCGGACAUUGUUUAUAUAUAAAUAUAAAUAUAUCUAUACAUAUGUACAGGAGAGAUUUUAGUCAACCUAUGAUUUUGAUCUGUACGAUAGCUGUUUGAGGUUUAAAGAAUUGUCUUUCAAGCACAAACAUUAAAAAAUGACACUGAUAAAAAUCUA